AUGGUGAAGGAAACGGAAUACUACGAUGUGCUCGGCGUUAGCCCUACAGCUACGGAAGCUGAGAUCAAGAAAGCUUACUACAUCAAGGCUCGACAAGUUCAUCCAGAUAAAAACCCCAAUGAUCCUCAAGCGGCACAUAAUUUUCAGGUGUUGGGAGAGGCUUAUCAAGUGUUAAGUGAUUCAGCGCAACGCCAAGCUUAUGAUGCAUGUGGGAAGUCAGGGAUCUCAACUGAUGCAAUCAUAGAUCCUGCGGCUAUAUUUGCAAUGCUUUUUGGUAGCGAACUUUUCGAAGGAUACAUAGGACAGCUUGCUAUGGCGUCGAUGGCUUCACUUGAUAUCUUCACUGAAGGGGAUCAGAUUGAUACUAAAAAGAUACAAGAAAAAAUGAGGACUGUCCAGAAAGAAAGAGAAGAUAAGCUAGCUCAGAUUCUCAAAGACCGCCUCCAUGAAUAUGUAGUAAACAAAGACGAAUUUAGCAGUAACGCUGAAGCUGAAGUAGCAAGACUCUCAAAUGCAGCAUAUGGUGUGGAUAUGUUGAACACAAUUGGGUAUAUAUAUGUAAGACAAGCGGCAAAAGAGCUUGGGAAGAAAGCUAUUUAUCUCGGUGUACCAUUCAUUGCUGAAUGGUUUAGGAACAAAGGUCACUUCAUCAAAUCCCAAGUAACAGCUGCAACAGGCGCAUUCGCUUUGUUCCAACUGCAGGAGGAAAUGAAAAGGCAGCUAAGUACUGAAGGAAAUUAUACCGAAGAGGAACUUGAGGAAUAUUUGCAGACACAUAAAAGAGUGAUGAUAGAUUCACUGUGGAAGCUCAACGUUGCUGAUAUCGAAGCCACUCUUUGCCGUGUUUGUCAGCUGGUUCUUCAAGAUCCUGAAGCCAAAAGAGAGGAGCUUCGUGCAAGAGCUCGAGGGUUAAAAACUCUGGGGAAGAUCUUCCAGAGAGCUAAAACAGCUAGUGAGAUUGAUCCUUCAGCAGAGCCUCAAAAACUAAACGGAAAUGAAAAGAACCACGACGACGAUGCCUCUACAUCACCAAAAUUCGAUGAAGCGUCUCACUCUACAUCUGGUCCUCAGGAACCAAAAAGCCCCUACAUGGAAGAACCAAACCUCGGCGAUCAGCAAUACAACUAUUACUUCCCGAGACCCGCACCGCCACCUGGCGCAGAGAAACACUCUUCUUCCACUGCCUAUGAUUGA